CCGCACAGUCAGCGAAAACCAAACUUCGCCGACCGCCGCAACAUUUUCAUCCUCGACAACCCGCUACACCGAAGGACCAUUCCCUCGAGAUACCUCAUAUCCUCUUUUCCCGAUCGAUUUGAGAAUCUCGACUCUCCACAACCGCCAAAAUGGUCAAGACCUCCGUCCUCAACGAUGCCCUCAACGCCAUGAACAACGCCGAGAAGGCCGGCAAGCGCCAGGUUCUGAUCCGGCCUUCUUCCAAGGUCAUCGUCAAGUUCCUCACCGUCAUGCAGAAGCACGGCUACAUUGGCGAGUUCGAGGAGGUCGAUGACCACCGUUCCGGCAAGAUCGUCAUCCAGCUGAACGGCCGUCUCAACAAGUGCGGUGUCAUCAACCCCCGCUACCCCGUCCAGCUCCGUGACCUCGAGAAGUGGGCCACACAGCUCCUUCCCUCCCGUCAGUUCGGCUACGUCGUCCUGACCACCUCCGCUGGUAUCAUGGACCACGAGGAGGCCCGCCGCAAGCACGUUGCUGGCAAGCUCCUCGGCUUCUUCUACUAGAUGGAGUCGCCCUAAAAAGCAAUCCGAAAAAAGUUGUUGUUUUGACUGGUUUCGCAUGUCACUUGGGCUGGGCCCUGGGAAUGUAAUCUUACGAGUAGCGGAGUAUACCCCCGAUGUCAUAGUC